UGGUGAUGCCUCAGCAAAGCACUCAGCCGUUCACUUCAGAGUUGGUUCAUACGAGGUGGGGUGCUGCAGUUUCAGUGCCAGUCUCUGAUAGUGAUCGGUUUCCUGUAGUGUUUUGUUUGGCUGUACUCUGACUGCAACAUGGGGCUGCUUGAUAACAUUUUGUUAUGGAACAUGAUGGCUGCGUUAAUCCUCCUGGGUCAAACAAUGCCAAAUAUGAAGCUCAAUUUGCAGUCAAGCAGUGGUUUAAGGGCCGACUGUGUGGGUAAUCUAAUGAGGCUGUCGUUAGACAAGGCUUUAGCAGUGGGGAACCAGCUUGAGGUGGAGGCCAUCAAUUGCACCCAGCACAUUUUGAUAACCCCCAGCUUGGCUGCUCAGUGUGGAUACAGCAUGGAGUCUGACCCGUGGGGUAACACCAGAAUCUACACAUCUCUGUUGGGCUGCUAUGUGAACAACAAAGAAGAUACAUUUAAUGUUGGCUUGAGACUCCGAAUGUACAGCAAGAGUCAAUCAACUGUGAUUAGUCAUAAUGUGACGCAGACUUGCAGCUACACUCGGUGGGCCUCCAGAGAGAUUCUCUGCGAUAGGAACUAUAUGGAGGUGUCAAACCGCUUGGCUACACCUAAUGCUAAAGGAUGGACUCAGGAUGUUAAAGGCCACUCCAAGAUCAGCACCAUUCCUGAUGCCUCGGAAGCACUUGGUAUCUGGAAGGUAACGAUUAACACCCCACAGCCAGUGACAAUGGCGCUGAGGGAGGCUCAACAAGCUGGCUACGGUGCCAUGGCUACCUCAACCCGUCUGGUUAUGCGAAGCCCGUACAAUACAGCGGGGACUUAUUCUGAGGAUGUGGCUGGAGUCCCCAUGCAAGUUUUCAAGGUCAGCGCUUACUACAAGGCAAAACUGGGUCAGAGUGUGGUGAACCUGGCAGCUGCUUGUCCCACAGGUGGCAUCCUCUUUACAAACGAUGUAAUCUCUUGGCACGUACCUCGCCGUGUUACCCCUUUGGUAGAUGUCAAGUUUAAAAUCCUAGAAAUGUACAUGGGCAUCAACGGGCAGAGGCUGGAUAAAUCUCAGAUGGCAGCACGGGGGUACACACUAUACACCACAGACUUGCACAUCGUCAUUGAGAUCCCAGUGGGCUCGCCUGAUGGUUACUACAAGAGCCAUGCCCCAGAUUACCAGUACCACAUCACCUACAUCGUGGAGCCCAUGCUUGAGGUACUGUGGAGGACUAACUCUAAAGAUGAUACUAAAUACAAGGUUUUGUUCCCUAUUACCACCCCUCUAAUGCCUCGACUUCCCCACGUCCAAGACACUACUGUUUCAGAGACUCGCAUGUUCAGCGUUUACUUGGGGACCUUCCUUCAUGAUGUGCAGCUGAGGAACAUUACCUUUUCCACUGGGGUUCUCACUAUUGAGGAGUGCAGUGCCAGAGACUUCAUCGUCCAGGAGCACCACUUCCCCAAUGGAACCAAGGGCUUAUCUUUACUCGUGCCCUUUGGUGAUGAUGUUGUCCUGAAACAUAAUCCUGAACGCUUGGUUACAGUCUAUUCGCUCCACCUGAUCUUUGGGUUAAUCAUACUGCCUGAAGAAAUUCCAUUUGCCCACCCAGUGGAGUUGCAGGCAUCUCUGCAGGAUGUUGUGCUACCUAUUAUUUCUGGUACCUGUGACCAGAACAUGUUUUACAUCCACGUGAAAUACGGGAGUCAAGGCACCAAUUUCCAGGCCAUGGUUGGACCUCGACAGCUGACACCUGAGGUUGCCGAGGAAUACCAUUUCCAAGAAAACGGCACCCACCUCAGCCUCAUACUGCCAUACGCUGCCAAGGACACCGCGUUUGAGCUGUUUACCUCAGGCUCAGUCAGAGCCAGAGUUGACCUGCUUCUGUUGGAUAUUAUCAACAACUGGGUGCUUGCUGAUUACUUUCUGGCAUGUGACUUCCCCCUAACAACAACUGCGUGCUACCCCAAUGGAACAAUGAACGCUUUGGCAGUAAAGGUGGAGUCGGUGCCCAAUCUCGUGCCAAGCCAGCUUACUCUAAAGGACAAGUCCUGCAAACCAGUGUUCAGUGACUUUCGCUUAGCAUAUUUCUCUUUCAGUGUUGAUUCCUGUGGGACCACUAGAAGAUUCUUUGACCACUACAUGGUGUAUGAAAAUGAGAUUACCCUGUCCUACAACAAAGGAGUAGCCUAUGCAUCACCAAUUGAUCCAGAGUACAGGCAAACCAUUUCCUGCUACUAUGUGAUCAAUGCAACUCAGAGUGUUGCAUUCAGCUCUACACAUAGAAGCUUUGACCCCACAGCAGAGAUCGGCUUAGGGCAGCUGAUAGUGCACAUGAGGCUAUCCCAAGAUUCAUCAUAUCAUCAUUUCUACCAAGCAGAAGACUAUCCAGUAGAGAAAUAUCUGAGGCAGCCUCUGUAUUUUGAUGUAGAACUGAUAGAGUCUACUGACCCACAGUUGGAGCUCAUCCUGGAAAACUGUUGGGCCACCCUUCACAAUAACCGGACAUCUCUGCCAAGCUGGGACAUUAUUGUGGACAGCUGUGAGAAUGGUGAUGAGACCAUGUUCCAUCCUGUUGUGAGUGAUGCCAAAGUUUUGGUCCCAUCACACAUAAAACGCUUUUCUGUGAAGAUGUUCACCUUCACUAAAGAUGAAGAGGUUCUGAAAGACGAGAUUUAUGUCCACUGUGAUGCAGUGAUUUGUGACACAAAUAGCCAAGCAGAUGGUUCCUGCAGAGGCCAGUGUGUGCAUCCUACUGGCCUGGGUAAUGCUAAACAUCAAGGAAGAAAAGGACUGAAAAGGGAGCGCCGCACAGACACCACCCACCAAAGGCAGAUCUCCUCUGGGCUGAUUUUUCUUCAAAACACUGUCAAACCUCAAAUAAAAACAGAAGUUUCUUAAA